CGAAGGUGAAGGCUUCGAAACGAGGCUCGAGAUGCAAAUGAAGAAGGCCACGGCAGCGCGUGCUGUCACGUACCUAUCUCAACUCCCGACCAAUGUGGAGGACUGCAAGAUGCAGUCUGCAACGGUGAUCCCCUGAGCGGAUACAGUACCUUCGUCGAAGACGAAGCCUGUCGUGUGCUGGUUCGGCUGAAAGAGAUGUUGCCAUCGCGCGUUCGCCAGUUGCGGUCGCUGCCGACUCGAGUGCACGACACAUCCAUCCAACGCCAACCCUCCAUUGCCUCGUGUUGCAGUCAUCUCUCUAACUUACACGUAUACAUACGCGUUCGCAAAGCUCUCCUCAGAUCUACGGCCCUAGCCUCUACGUUUUACCUACACACGCCCCUCAACUUGAGCGUCUUCAACUGCUUUCGCGACGACAUUUGGGCAGCGCAGCACACGCGUAUCGACGACGACGAUGAAGAUUCCACCGCCGAAUUUCUGCGCUCGAAUUUUCAAAUCCUGCCAAGCCCAAGAUACAGCAAGGGAGCACUGACAAGAGCGUGUAUGAAAACUCGAAGUGUAAUUGGAGCUCGUCGGCGGACAUGGAGACUUGCACUUGUUGCUGUUUCGAAAUUUGCUGCAUAAACUCGACGAUUGUGCCAAGAUAGUGCAUGUACCAACGCGAUACCGUAAAAGUACAGUUGUAGAGAUUCUGUGGAUCUGUAUGCACAGACCAGGUUGGACUCGAUGCAGCAUGCAUGCUAGACCAGCAUACCAGACAAUUGUAGACCAGCAUGCGUGCUCCAUCGGGCAAGACUCAACAGCAAAGCCGUAUAUUAUGGACCAUAAUAUAUGUUAAUUGCGCCUCUUC